CACUAUUUUUGAUGAUGUUGAUUCCACUAGAGUUGCUUGUUGUGGUUUAUGUGAUGAAAAAAAGAAAUUAUUUAAUGAAAAAUUUAAAGAAAAUUUCUCUUGGAAAAGAUUAUCUAAAGAACAUGAUGAAUUGAUUGAUAAUUUGAGAUGUCAUGCUAAAUGGAUAUUGGAUAAAAUUUCUUUAUGUGUUAGGACAAUCAAUAAG